AUGAGGACGUACUCGUCAAUUAAGACUCUCUCGUUGAGUCAUUUAACUGCAAAGCAGCAUUUGCUUAUGGCAAUGUCCAGAGAUGUUUCGUUGUUACCACCAAUAAUUUACCUAUUAACGUCAUGCCAAAAGGCAUGGGAGUUAACCCGUGGUGAUAUUGAAAAUUUGAAACUGUAUGGUCCAGGUCCACUAAAGCAGACUAUCGCUGGUAUUGUUCGUUACAGUGGCUACCGGGGCGAUGGCACAUUACUGGCAUCGUUAACUACAGCAAGGGCAUCAGAGUAUUUGUUAUGUUCUCUAUGGUGUAUUGUAUCGUUAUACCUAUCGUAUUCCAUCUUAGAUUCACUGAUGGUUCGCUGGAUUGUCAAAUAUUCUACGUUGGCAGCUAUAGUAAGAAUGUUUGCUAUGUCAUUGAUUAUUAUAACGUUAGAACUGAUGCUAUUAGCAAGUCUAUCACCGAACGGGGACUACUACUUACACACGUGGAUUCUGAUCAGUUGUGUAUUAACGGGUGCAUACAUAUGGCAGAGCUACAUUACAUCGAAUUUGAAUUAUGGCGUUAGAAUGGAUGAAGAAAAGCCUCGAAGGAACUACUUGAAAUUUUCCAAGAAACGUACGAUUGACCUUUACAAUAUAACGGUCUUCUGCGUGGUUCCAGUUGGAUUGGCAAGCUUUAUAACCAUGAUUGGAUUACUGCGAAAUUUAGUCAUUCAGAGGUUAGAUGUCGAGCAAUUGGGUAGGAUGCUUCGACCCAUGACAAAUCAGGGUUCAGAAGAAUGA